AUGGUUCUCGUCCGAAUCUUCACCGUGGCUCUCGCCGCCAUGUUCGGCCUUGCCGCCGCCGCGCCCGUUGAGGACCGCUCCGUAGGCACUAGCGAUGUGGACGCCCUUAACAAGCGCGACCACUUUCAAUUCUUCUUCCGAUUCUACAGUACUCCUGGUGGGGUUUGCGACCACAAAAGCGAUACUAUCACCACCGACCCUCCCAUGAAGGGACAGCCCUACGGAGGCAGCGAAAACCUAUGCUUCACCGCGCCGGGGGGCCAAUUCGGGUCCCUUGAGAUCAACAGGGACCUCGCCGCGCUCCCGUGGGCCGUCACCACGUUCAGCGAGGGCGAUUGCAAGGGCCUCAAGUCGCCUCCCCAGCGCAAGCCGUACUGCUUCACAAGCCCCGGAACUGCCGUGAAUCAACAGAUCAAGAGCUUCAUGGUCUCCCCGGCGCCAAAAUAG